AUGCCGCGUUCCUUUCUUUUCACGAAUAAGAGAUAUAAAUUCGAAUCAUUCUCAUCCGAAGACGACUGCACAGUUGAAAGAAAAGAAAAAUUUCGCUCAUACGGAAGCGUUUUUGGCGCAUCAACAUGGGAACAAUGUCUCUUGGACCGAGCCAUCCAGCUAGGGCUCAAGGCAGCCGCUCAACAGACCAGGGAAUUCCACUACACGCCAUCCAUCGCCCAUAUUCCACAGCCAUAUCAACAAACUGCUCCUCUAGAACUCACUGCUCACACCUCCAUUAUUUCCCUGCCGCAGUCCGAUGAAGAUUAUUCCAUGUCGAGUGACGGGGAAAGGUCGAGGAACAACCGGUGUAAGGGAAUGAGGGACUCAACCCGCGCGGUGAAAAUCAACGAAAUCAUUGCUCAACACUCCGGGGACGUGAAGAGUCUGAGCGAUGCAGAGGACGACACCGAUUCCAGCUCAGGGGAGCCGCAUAUUUGCACAGUCUGCGGAAAAACAUACAGCACGUCCAGCAACCUCGCGCGUCAUCGUCAGACGCAUCGAAGCCUCAGCGACAAGAAGGCAAGGAAGUGUCCACACUGCGAGAAGGUCUACGUCUCCAUGCCGGCGUACAGUAUGCACGUGCGCACGCAUAACCAAGGUUGCGAGUGCUCAUUCUGCGGCAAGCGUUUCAGUCGACCAUGGUUGCUUCAAGGUCACAUUCGUACCCACACAGGGGAAAAGCCGUUCAAGUGUCCAAUCUGCUCCAAGGCGUUUGCCGACAAGUCCAAUCUCCGUGCUCACAUUCAGACCCACUCCAACGAGAAACCAUACGUCUGCGGUCGAUGCGGAAAAGCUUUCGCGCUGAAGAGCUACCUCUACAAACACGAGGAAUCCUCCUGCAUGAGGGGGCAACGUUUCAACGACCGAAACUCUAGCCCGAGCGAGGAGCGGGAGUCCCUACCAGGACCAGCGUCAGACAGAGAAUCGAAUCCUGGAGAUUCCCCGGAACGCAAGAUGAGGCAAUGCUGA